AUGCGGCGGAAAAUCCAGUCGCUCAUCGUCGGAUAUGGCGUGCCGGCCAUCUGGUUCACCAUCAACCCGAACGACAUUACGAACCCGGUGAAGCUGCGACUGGCGGCAUACCGCACACGCGAUCCCGACGCGGCCGAGGAGUUCUUAGAAGGCCUUGGGGAUGCGUAUAAGCGGGCACGGCUGGCGAUAUCGGAUCCCAUGAGCUCGGCCGUGUUCUUCCACCGCGAGAUGAAGCUGUUCUUCGAUCAUUACGUGAAGGUCGGUGAAGACUCGAUGCUUGCCGACAUCCACGGGGAGGAUCAGGCGGCGUAUCGCGAGCGAAUCGUCCGAUACAUCGAUAGCGUCUUCUCAGAGGAUCUGGACCAGGAAAGUUUUUGCGCCGUGCAAGCGGAGCGAUCUGUGACGGGCGGUAUUGGUUCCCUGCUGGACAACGCCGCGCAGUUCUCGGCCGCGUUUAUCGAGGAGGCCAACUUCUGUGCCGGCGCGACGCAGGAGGGCGGAAGGGGACCUCUGCCGGUUCAAGGCGCCAUGGAGGUUAGUCGACAAGACCGCCCUCACGGCAGACGGGUGCUGCAGAUCCGGAGGACACACAGCAUGGUCAAUCGAUGGAACGAGGCUAUUGCUGUCGGGCUCCGGCACAACCAUGAUAUUUCCUUCAUUGCGACGCAGCGCAAGACAAUGGCCCUCAUCUAUUAUGUCACGAACUACGCGACCAAGGUGGAGGACCCGGUGUGGAAGCGUGUGGCGGCCGCGGCCGAGCUCCUGGCCACCUCAACAGGGGACAGGACGCGACAGUUCCUGAUGAGAGUGGCGAACCGCGUGUUCACGGAGCGUCCGCUAUCACAGGUCGAGGUCGUCGCUCACCUUCUCGGAUAUCCGGCCGAGUUCACCGACAGCAGCGCGUGGGCGUACCUGAACUGUUCUCUGCUGUACUGGGAAGUCUUUCGGCGAUGGCGGCAUCUCCGAGAAGCCAGUGGCGCUGCGGCUACGGAUGACACCUUGGAUGAGUCGGUCGUCGUCGAAGAAGAAGGCCUGAGAAUCUCCCACGUCGAGGCGUACCAGCACCGGGGAGAGCUGCUGAAAGGCCUAUGCCUGUAUGACUACAUAUCGAUCGUCAGACUGAAACGCAUCGGCAACGACGAGAGCUGGGCGGCUUGGGAGAUGUCUUUCGAGGAUGGAUGGGCGCCGGGACGACGCUGGGUUCAGGUGCUCAGGCGGCCGGGCAAGCACGCUACCGUCUGCCUCGACGGCUACCUGAGCAAGGACUUCACCUACGAUGACGAGUCGUGCUACCGGAGGGCAGCCGUGCAGCAUCUUGCGCUGUUCGUGCCGUGGAGUCCUUCCUGGGCGAAGGAACAGCUGCUUCGACGAUCCGCCGAAGACGCAAAACGCGACGCCAAGCAAUGGGCAGCCUCGUCCGGCGAUGGCGACCCGACGGUCGCACACGUCGAGGAGGGUGGAGCAGGCGAGGCGGGCGCGGAGUCUGCAGCGACAUAUCAGCCCAACAGCAUCGGAGACGCAACGCGGCUCAUCGACGUCGUCCGAGGUGCAGUGGGAGCGAAUCAGGUGACGGCCAAGUCGCCGGAGCUCAUGGCAAUGAUACAGCAGCUCUGUCGGUUUCAGCAAUCGGCGCUGCGCUCGACGGCCGAGCUCGAGGCCACGGCGCUGAUCGAACGAGGGGAGAGGCGGUUAAGCAUGCCAGGGCGGGUAUUUUCCGGGGCCGCACUACCGCCGCAGGAUCAGGUCAAGGCUAUCAAGUCGCAGCAGCGAUCGCCGCGCAGCGUUGCGAAGGGUGAUGACCGGUUUGGGGAGGACGAGGUCGAAAUGACGAUGGCCGACUCCGACGAGACCGCUAUCGACGCAGGGGCGGGAAUGGACGUUCAGUUUGGCCCAUCAACCUCCUUCCUCGCGGCGGGCAAGGUGUUGGCAACACGGCUGACGCUGAACAAGAGGCAGUCCAUCGCUUUUCUGAUAAUAUGCCGCCAGCUCGAUUUGAUGCAGCAGACCGACGGGGCGAUGCCUGCCAGCUGCGCCAGUUCGUCGGUGGCGAGGGCGGCGGAGCGGUUCAUCCACGGCCAGUCUCGAAUGGAUUGGCAGGAGAAGGAUGUGCUCGUCAUCGACGAGGUGAGCAUGCUCGGGGCGCGGACGCUGCACGCCGUGAACGAGCGGCUUCGCCGGCUUCGCGGAUCGCGGCAAGAUUUCGGGGGGAUCCCCAUCGUCCUCUUCUGCGGAGAUUUUCAGCAGUUCCGGCCGGUCCAAGAGAGGUCGAUCGUCCUGCCUAGCGCGGCCAUCUCGUGGGACGUAGACAACUCGUUCAAGGCCGAGCAGCGUCACCAGCACGACAAAGCGCACGCACUGUGGAAGAGGUUCACGACGGUCGUCAUGCUGGACGAGCAGAUGCGCGCCGCCGGCGACCCGGAGCUGCAGAGGCUGCUGAAGCGGAUCCGUCUAGGCGUGCAGGAUCGGACGGAUCUAAACCUCCUCAACUCAAGGAAUCGGUGGAACCUGAACAUGGAGGCGAGCCUGGCGUUCCGGGUCCAGCAGCGGUCGACGAUGCGCAUUUUCAUCUCCGAGCACAAGUGGAAGGAGGAGCUGCCGACGGAGGAAGAGGCGAUCAUGAUACUCAACCAGGGCGACGAUAGCGCGAUCCCGGUGCCGGCCGUCUUCAUGUUCGUGGCCGGGAUGCCCAUCGUCGUGAACCACAACACCCACCAGGGGCUGAAGCUAGUGAACGGCGCGAGCUACUCGGCGGUGGAGGUCAUUGUCGACAAGGCGUACCCGGGGCAUCGGAUCUCGGCCGAUAUGACGAUCCACUUCGGGCCGCCGGCGGGGAUCAUUCUCGAAUCGGAGACGACGAGAUAUCUCCACUUCUGCCAGCGAAAAAGGCCGUGGCAACGCAACGACGUCAGCCGAAAGGGUUUGCCGUGCGCAGCAGCGUUCGCGUGCACGGACUACAAGGUGCAGGGCAAAACGCUGGAGCGCGUGGCCCUCGAGCUGCGAGGACACGGACGACGAAGAUGGAUGGAACGGUGGUGCCCUCGCAACGGCAUCAUGCUCGUGUCCAAGGUGCGGGACAGAGACUUGGUGGGCAACCGGGUCCCCGAGGAGAUGACUGCCGCACAGGCCAGGCUCGAGGUACUGAGCGAGAGGACCGUUGAGGAGGCGUUGCGCUGGCUGGACGGUGAUGCUGAAGAGUCAAGGCGGCCGGGCUAG